GUGUGCGCGCGGGAGAGGGUGUGCGGGUGUGUGGGCGCACACGCCUUCGGGGGGCCGGAGUGACACUGCAGUGGGCUUUUCGCUCGCCGGGGCUUACGGCUGCUCGCCUCCCAGCCUGCCCGCAGCGCUUUGGGAAAGCUUUCCCGAGCCUUUUUCUCUCCAUCCUUUUCAUUCUCCCCUCGCUGGUAUCACUUUUUGCUUUUCCUUCUGGGUUGCGAUCAGCUACCCCUUCCACCCGUGCAGUCACCCAAGCGGUCUCCAGUUCUUUCCUAAGCCACUAUUUUCUCCACCCGUCUUUCUCUGGGGUGCCUCCACGAGCCGAUCCAAGGCCCUUCCCCGGCCCCCAAUCCUUAGAAAUUGUUUUGCUGGACUGCUGUACUGAGGCGUGGAAAGCCCGAGGGCUUUAUUGUUGAUUCUUUUCCUUUAUUCCCCUUCUGGGCAACGGAGCAAUGAAAUUUCCAAUCGAGACGCCAAGAAAACAGGUGAACUGGGACCCUAAAGUGGCCGUGCCUGCAGCAGCACCACCCGUGUGCCAACCCAAGAGCGCCACUAACGGGCACCCUGUGGCUCCCCGUCUCUCCAUCUCCUCCCGAGCCACGGUGGUAGCCAGGAUGGAAGGCGCCUCCCAGGGAGGCCUGCAGACCGUCAUGAAGUGGAAGACAGUGGUCGCCAUCUUUGUGGUCGUAGUGGUCUACCUCGUCACGGGCGGGCUCGUCUUUCGGGCCCUGGAGCAGCCCUUUGAGAGUAGCCAGAAGAACACCAUUGCCUUGGAGAAGGCAGAAUUCCUGCGGGAUCACAUCUGUGUGAGCCCCCAGGAGCUGGAGACGUUGAUUCAGCAUGCCCUUGAUGCUGACAACGCGGGAGUCAGCCCAAUUGGAAACUCGUCCAACAACAGCAGCCACUGGGAUCUGGGAAGUGCGUUUUUCUUUGCUGGAACUGUCAUCACCACCAUAGGGUAUGGGAAUAUUGCUCCAAGCACUGAAGGAGGCAAAAUAUUUUGUAUUUUAUAUGCCAUCUUUGGGAUUCCACUCUUUGGUUUCUUAUUGGCUGGAAUUGGAGAUCAACUUGGAACCAUCUUUGGGAAAAGCAUUGCAAGAGUGGAGAAGGUCUUUCGAAAGAAGCAAGUCAGUCAGACCAAGAUCCGGGUCAUCUCAACCAUCUUGUUCAUCUUGGCCGGCUGCAUAGUGUUUGUGACGAUUCCUGCCGUCAUCUUUAAGUACAUCGAGGGAUGGACAGCUUUGGAGUCCAUUUACUUUGUAGUGGUCACUCUGACUACGGUGGGAUUUGGCGAUUUUGUGGCAGGGGGAAAUGCUGGCAUCAAUUACCGGGAGUGGUAUAAGCCCCUAGUGUGGUUUUGGAUCCUUGUCGGCCUCGCCUACUUUGCAGCUGUGCUCAGUAUGAUCGGAGAUUGGCUACGGGUUCUAUCCAAAAAGACGAAAGAAGAGGUUGGAGAGAUUAAGGCGCAUGCAGCCGAAUGGAAGGCCAAUGUGACGGCCGAGUUCCGUGAGACGCGGCGGCGGCUCAGUGUGGAGAUCCAUGACAAGUUACAGCGGGCGGCCACCAUUCGCAGCAUGGAGCGCCGGCGACUGGGCCUGGACCAGAGGGCCCACUCGCUGGACAUGCUGUCCCCGGAGAAACGUUCCGUCUUUGCUGCCUUGGAUACUGGCCGCUUCAAGGCCUCGUCCCAGGAGAGCAUCAACAACCGGCCCAACAACCUGCGCCUUAAGGGGUCAGAGCAGCUCAACAAGCAUGGGCAGGGCGCAUCGGAAGACAACAUCAUCAACAAGUUUGGGUCCACCUCCAGACUCACCAAGAGGAAAAACAAGGACCUCAAGAAGACCUUGCCCGAGGAUGUCCAGAAAAUCUACAAAUCCUUCCGCAACUACUCACUGGAUGAGGAAAAGAAGGAGGAAGAGUCGGAGAAGAUGUGCAACUCCGACAAUUCCAGCACCGCCAUGCUGACGGACUGUGCCCAGCAGCAGGACGAGAUAGAGAAUGGGCUGGUACCCACGGACACCAAAGACAGGGAACUCGAGAACAACUCAUUACUUGAAGGCAAAAACUAACACGUGAAGGACAGUGGACUCGGGACUCAGCGUUAUUGUUUUGUUUUGUUUUUCUUUUUUUGUUUUUAUAUUCACACUGAGACACGUGCCUUAAACAGACUUCUUGUUAGUCCAAACCUACAUAGCAUUGGAGAAUAUAUUUCACUGUGCCAUAAACGACCGAAAGCUUGCUCUGCCAAAAUGAAUUAAAGAAUAAGAGCAUCCCACUGCAAACAGCAGCAGCAAGAUACCACAGGGAGUGUGUGCACAUGUGGCAGGUCAUGGCCAUGGGUGUGGAGGGAGUUUCCGGAGUGAUGCUGGGUCCCUGUGCAGCAACGCUCUGGUGUGGCAUGCCAACGAGGGCAGCUAUUCCUCAGACCAGCCUCCUGGAGGAACCAGCUGUGUCUUUCAAGUGGAGUUUUUAUUUCCUGAACCUACCGUUAGUGAUCUGUGUAUGCACAAGAGGGGGACCUGCCUGGGCGUGAACUGGUGACUGGGGCAAGAGGCAACAUUUUGGCAUGUAUGUGCUCUGAGUUUGGUUUUUGACACGGACCAUUCGAUGCAUAAUACCUGGUCUUUCUAAGCUCCGCGGGAAUGUCCUUAGGACCCGAGAGCAUCUGAAAUUUGCUGGAAGCUGAUGUGAGCACACAUAUUACAAGGUGCAAUUGCUUUUCUCAAGGAAAAAAGAAGAACAUCACAAACACAUCACACUGUGGAUAUUACCUUGACCAAUGGCAGACGCCUACUGAGUUUUUUCUUCUCACGAGGUUAGGUAGUCCAGAUGAACACGCAAAGCACUGGAGAAAACUCAACCCCAACCGCUGCAUGGUUAAAGGCAAAUUAUGCAUUUUCCUCAGUGGGUGAAAUGGUAAAAAUAAACUGAUUUUGAAAUGUUCCUGCUCACUUUUCUAUUGUCACUCCAGUUAUACCUUGUUUUAUUCAGAGGGGGGAAAAUGACCAAAA